AAUAGAUGUAUAAUUCAUUAUGCAAUUUUAUAGAAUUAAAUCUUAUUUAUCUUCAGAUAUAAAAACUAUAUUUACCAGCUGAAACACUAACGCAUAUGCAGUAUAAUAUAAUCUACUUAACAAUCUCGUUUUAGUUAUAAUAUGUGAUUAAUUCUUUUGCUAUUUCGCUAUAAACAGUUUUUUGUGCAUACAAUAUUUUUUUAUAGUAUUCUAAUAUAUUGUUAGAUAUUGUAAAGAAAGUAAAAUACAGUUAUUGAAGUGUGGGAACAUUCAAUGUUAACCUUGCUUCAAAAAAUAAUCUUUCGAAUGAAUGGGGAAUAGAUUUUUAGUAUUAUAAAGCAAAUUCAAUAUUUAAAUGAUGUUAUUUUAAAAUGGCAGAUGAUAUGAAUGUUCUUUUUAUACGAGGAAAUGGAAACGUAUGUAUGGAUACAGACACAGCCAAUGAUAAUGUUUGGGACGAUAGUGCAUUAAUAGAAGCAUAUGAUAAAGCAAUAAAUUUAGCAAAAGAAGAAGUUAUCAAGCGAAUGGGAAUGGAUGUUGGAAAUUCUCAACCGAAAGAAAACCUACAAAAUCUUAAGCAGCCUAAACACGCAAGUAAAUUACACAAGAAAUGGAUCAUAGGAGCACCUUGUCGUGCAAUAUACUCAGAGGAUGGAGAAAUUUAUGAAGCUAUAAUAUCAAAAAUUUACGAAAACAAUGGCACGUGUGUUGUAAAAUUUGUAGGCUAUGGUAAUACAGAGAAAGUCGAGUUGAGUUCUCUUUUAGAAUCAGAAGGUUUGCAAAGUCAAAUAGCACAACAAAAGAAAGCUUUGGAAGAGAAAUUCAAUGAAGAGAACGACGAGACUUGUGAGACUAAUUUUUCUACAAAUGUAAAUUCGAAAAAAUAUAAUGUAGAAAAAAUGGAUUGUGCACAUCACUUCAUAUCGGGACCAUCUUUCAAUUCGAUGACUGAUAUAAUGCCACCUGCACCUCCUUUACCACCAUAAUUA